CUGAUAGCUAGUUGAGUAUACUGUCAUCGAUAUCAUGGCUCCAACCACGCCCGACAAGACUGCCAACACUGGCUGCUUCGCCUCCUUCGGUCUACUCCCCCCUGAGAUACGGAUCAAGAUAUGGCACUAUUCCAUACCAGCCCCACGCUUGGUCGCCAUCAGGUCCCCAUACCAUGGAAAGCAGCAAGCUCUUUUGCCAACUUCACUCGCGGACGUAUUGGCGAGCUGCUACGACGACUCGACUACAGAACGGAUAAGCUGGCGGUCGGACACCACACCGCCAGCUCUGCUACACGUCAAUGCCGAGGCGCGGCACGAAGCCUUGAAGUACUACAGAUUAGCUCUUGGAGUCGAGGGAUCGAAACCUCAGAUCUAUAUCGAUUUCGAGAGAGACACCUUGUUCUUCGGCAAUGCCGAGCUCGAGGGGCGCUGUAACUCGUUGUGGGGCAGCACGCCAGACCUUAAAUUCGCGCGGCGGUUAGCCAUUGUGCCCGAGGGUGCAUGGAGGGUUCUGAGGUGGUGGCGGGACUUGGACCUUGACUCGCUUCGGGAACUCGUCUUUGUUCAUGGCUCCGAAACGCUCGACUUCACAGCACCUCUCCCGCCGCUCCUGGAAGAUGCCGCGGCUCUCGAGCAAGAGGAUGUUGACGAAGCGGAAGAGGAUGCACGUGCCAAAGACGAAGACGAAGACGGAGACAUGGACAGCAAAGACCGCGUGGUCGUGGCUGCUGAAGAAGUCCUGGAGGACACAGCCGAAACCCUGGCAGAACUAUCGAAACAAGAAGUCAGCGAAGGAUCAAGGGCGACCAUACCGGAGCUGGCCAUCAGGUCACCUGCGAGCACGACGCCGAUGGUGCCAAAAGCGCGGCCAGAGCCGCCUCGUCGCAGACGCUCGGAAGAGAUCGAUGCUGCUGCGAUAAAACGUCAACAAGAUGCCAGAGACGAGCUCGCGACGCUGAUGAUGGCGUUGCCGACUCUGUGGAGCAAAGAGCCGCGCUUCACCACAGCGACGUUUCAGACACCUGUUUCUCUUGUCUCUGCUCAGGUCUGAAAGUCCCGGACCUUGGUUUGGGGGAGUUCGCAUUGCGUUGAUCACUCAUAUACCCAUUUCAUAUACCCAAUCCCGAAUCGGCGUCACUCUUGCCAUUAGGUGGCAUCCCACUUGAGCGUUGCACAUGUCUGAAGUUCAGGCCAGUUACCUUGCAAAGGGCAACCACGGCCGCUUGUACAUACAGUUCACUGAAUCAUAUACAUACUCCCACCGCAGAGAACGGCAUGCUUGCCAUGACAACGCUACAAACUCUUGACGCA